AUGCUUCAUGCUCUGGUUAUUCCCUUGUCUUCCUGUAUACACCAAAAAGAACACUUACUCCUAAGACGAACUUCCGCCACCUUUGAAGACUUUCAGAUUCGUCCCCACACUCUCUUUGUUCAUUCGUACAGAGCUCCAGCUUUCUGUGAUCACUGUGGAGAAAUGCUAUGGGGGCUGGUGCGUCAAGGCCUUAAAUGUGAAGGAUGUGGGCUGAAUUACCACAAGAGAUGUGCAUUUAAAAUCCCCAACAAUUGCAGUGGCGUGAGACGGAGAAGGCUCUCAAAUGUUUCCCUUACUGGGCUCAGCACUGUCCGCACAGCAUCUGCCGAGCUUUCCACCAGUGCCCCUGAUGAGCCCCUUCUGCAAAAGUCACCAUCAGAGUCAUUCAUUGGUCGAGAGAAGAGGUCGAAUUCCCAGUCAUACAUUGGACGACCCAUCCAGCUUGACAAGAUCUUGCUGUCCAAAGUUAAAGUGCCACACACUUUCGUCAUCCACUCCUACACCCGGCCCACUGUGUGCCAGUACUGCAAGAAGCUUCUCAAGGGGCUCUUCAGGCAGGGCCUGCAGUGCAAAGAUUGCAGAUUCAACUGUCAUAAACGUUGUGCACCAAAAGUACCCAACAACUGCCUUGGCGAAAUGACCAUUAACGGAGAUUUGCUUAGCCCUGGGGCAGAGUCUGAUGUAGUCAUGGAAGAAGGGAGCGAUGACAAUGACAGUGAAAGAAACAGUGGGCUCAUGGAUGACAUGGAAGAGGCAAUGGUCCAAGAUGCUGAGAUGGUCAUGGCAGAGUGCCAGAACGACAGUGGGGAGAUGCAGGAUCCAGACCCAGACCACGAGGACUCCAACAGAACCAUCAGUCCAUCAACAAGCAACAAUAUCCCACUCAUGAGAGUAGUGCAGUCUGUCAAACACACGAAGAGGAAAAGCAGCACGGUGAUGAAAGAAGGGUGGAUGGUCCACUACACCAGCAAGGACACACUGCGGAAACGGCACUAUUGGAGAUUGGAUAGCAAAUGUAUUACCCUCUUUCAAAAUGACACAGGAAGCAGGUACUACAAGGAAAUUCCUUUAUCAGAAAUUUUAUCUCUGGAACCAGCAAAACCAUCAGCUUUAAUCCCUAAUGGGGCCAAUCCUCACUGUUUUGAGAUCACUACAGCAAAUGUCGUGUAUUAUGUGGGAGAAAACGUGGUCAAUCCCUCCAGCCCACCACCAAGUAGCAGUGUCCUCACCAGUGGCAUUGGUGCAGAUGUGGCCAGGAUGUGGGAGAUGGCGAUCCAGCAUGCCCUCAUGCCCGUUAUUCCCAAGGGUUCCUCUGUGGGUUCAGGAACCAACGUGCACAGAGAUAUUUCUGUGAGUAUUUCGGUAUCAAAUUGCCAGAUUCAAGAAAAUGUGGACAUCAGCACAGUUUAUCAGAUUUUUCCUGAUGAGGUACUGGGUUCUGGGCAGUUUGGAAUUGUUUAUGGAGGAAAACAUCGUAAAACAGGAAGAGAUGUAGCUAUUAAGAUCAUUGACAAGUUAAGAUUUCCAACAAAACAAGAAAGUCAACUUCGUAAUGAGGUUGCAAUUCUUCAGAACCUUCAUCACCCUGGUGUUGUAAAUUUGGAGUGUAUGUUUGAGACGCCUGAAAGAGUGUUUGUUGUUAUGGAAAAACUCCAUGGAGACAUGCUGGAGAUGAUCUUGUCAAGUGAAAAGGGCAGGUUGCCAGAGCACAUAACGAAGUUUUUAAUUACUCAGAUACUUGUAGCUUUGCGUCAUCUACACUUUAAAAAUAUUGUUCACUGUGACCUCAAACCAGAAAACGUGUUGCUAGCAUCAGCUGAUCCUUUCCCUCAGGUGAAACUUUGUGAUUUUGGUUUUGCCCGGAUCAUUGGAGAGAAGUCUUUCCGGAGGUCAGUGGUGGGUACCCCAGCUUACCUGGCUCCUGAGGUUCUAAGGAACAAGGGCUAUAAUCGCUCUCUAGACAUGUGGUCUGUUGGGGUCAUCAUCUAUGUAAGCCUAAGUGGCACAUUCCCAUUUAAUGAAGAUGAGGACAUCCAUGACCAAAUCCAGAAUGCAGCUUUCAUGUAUCCACCAAAUCCCUGGAAGGAAAUCUCUCAUGAAGCCAUUGAUCUUAUCAAUAACUUGCUGCAAGUAAAAAUGAGAAAGCGCUAUAGCGUGGAUAAGACCUUGAGUCACCCUUGGUUACAGGAUUAUCAGACCUGGUUAGAUUUACGAGAGCUGGAAUGCAAAAUCGGGGGACGCUACAUCACCCAUGAGAGUGAUGACUCAAGGUGGGAGCAGUACGCAGGCGAGCAGGGCCUGAAGUACCCCACACACCUGAUCGAUCCAAACACUGGCCACAGUGACAGUCCCGAGACCGAAGAAACAGAGAUGAAAGCCCUCAGUGAGCGUGUCAGCAUCCUCUGA